AGGGUCAUUGUUCCGUGUCCACCGGUCCUUGUUCAUUCCCGAGGUGGGCGACUGACAGGAGGGGAGGCUCAAGAACCGACGUCACGGUAUCUCAGAUCUCUCCUCUUCUCGGCCAAGAAAGAGAGAGCUAGUCGCAGCUCGGGCUUUGGAAGUGAAAGGUUCACAAUCCGGGAUAAAUGGAACAGCGGGGAAGCCGCGGGUUUCUUGUGUAACCCACUAGUCUGAACACAAUGAUUUUCUGAUCUUUAGACAGCGGAUUUUGGAAAACUAUCGUAAAAAACAGAAAACGGAAUGGCUUCGCUCCGGCCACAUUUCUCGCCCCAGGUCCUAAACGACGCGAGCGACGAGAACACAGACGACGACAGCACGCCACUCACUCACGAUUUGUAUGGAGGAAGCACAAGGACAGUGCAGGAAACGAAAGGAUGGGACGUGUUCAGAGUGCUGCCUCCGAAGGUGGACUCUGGGUCCAUGGAGAACCAAGCCUGUCUGGAGUUCACGGUAAAAAUCCUCAAAGUCAUCGCAUAUCUCGUCACGUUCGUCAUAGUGCUAGCAUGCGGAGUUAUAGCGAAAGGGGCUGUGUUCUUCAUGAGCUCCCAAAUCAGGCCAAACAGGGUCGUACCCUUCUGCAACAAAGAUUUAGGCAGAGAUAAGCAAUUUGUAGUUAAUUUGCCUCCUGAAGAAAGAGUUGCUUGGACUUGGUGUUUGAUAAUUGCGUUUGCAGUGCCAGAAAUUGGGACAUUAAUACGUUCUCUUAGGAUAUGUAUUUUCAAGUCAUGGAAGCGACCUCCGUUCAACGACUUUUUAUUUGUUUUUGUCAUGGAAACACUGCACGUCGUAGGAUUGGCCUCUCUUGUGUUCAUCAUACUGCCGGAGCUGGAUGUCGUCAAAGGGGCCAUGCUGACAAACUGUGUCUGCUUCGUACCCGCUGUUCUAAGUCUCGUUUCGAGAAACACCAAAGGGUGUACAACGAGGAGCGAGAAGACUGAAGUGUACAUGAAAGCGAUAGUUGACAUAGGGGCGAUAGCAGCACAGGCGACGGGAUUUGUCGUCUGGCCCAUCCUGGAAGGCAGCCACCGUCCAAAUCUGUGGCUCAUUCCAGUCACUCUUUUCUUUAUUAGCUGUGGAUGGUGGGAAAACUAUGUAUCACGUUAUUCGGUUUUUGUUUUUACAAGACCACUCUGGAAAGUAAAAGAAAGGUUGAAAAGGACACGAUACUUCAUUUAUAUUUUCAUGUCAAUCUGGAAAAUCUUAGCAUUUGUCAUAUUUGCUAUAUUAAUAAGGCUGUAUCGUGGUGAGAGUGUUCAACAUCUUUUCUCCUUGUUCAGUCGAGGCUUCUCACAGCAUAAAAUUAGAAUUACUGAGAUAAAACCAACCUUUGGAACUACUACACUCCCGGAUCUUGCAGAUAUUGUCACAACUGGAGAAAUUGUGGAUAUCGAUGCUGACUAUAACACUGCCAUUUAUGUUCUGCUUAUACAAAUAACAGCAGCUUAUCUCUGCUAUAUUUUCGGUAAAUUUGCUUGUAAAAUUGUAAUCCAGGGCUUCAGCUACGCCUUUCCAGUAAACCUGACCAUACCCGUGACAAUUUCACUUCUCAUUGCGCUUUGUGGUCUACGUCAUGAUGAUCUUUGUUUCUUUCAUCAUGUAAUUCCAGACUAUUUGUUUUUUGAAUCACCUCCAGUUUAUUUCCUGAACGAUUUUAUUUCAAAGCAGCAUGCUUGGAUAUGGCUUUUAUGGCUUCUAUCACAAACAUGGAUUACUCUACACAUAUGGACUCCAAAAUGCGAGCGUUUGGCAACCACAGAAAAACUAUUUGUACUUCCGAUGUACGACUCGCUCCUCAUUGACCAAUCACUCGGGCUUAAUCGCAGAAGGGAUGAUGAAAAAGAUGUCAAAACAGAGGAGCUUGCUGAGAGAGAAAAAGAUCCUGAUGAGUAUUACGAAACGAUAUCAGUUCAUACAGAUGCAAGCAGCACAACGCCAAAAACAGUCAAAAAAUCUGACAGCAUCACUAGGAUCUAUGCUUGUGCUACAAUGUGGCACGAAACACAAGAUGAGAUGAUGGAAAUGUUGAAAUCCAUUCUUAGGAUGGAUGAAGACCAGUGUGCUAGACGAGUUGCUCAGAAAUAUCUUCGUGUCGUCGAUCCUGAUUACUAUGAAUUUGAAACCCAUAUUUUCUUUGACGAUGCCUUUGAAAUAAGUGAUAUCAAUGACGACUGGUCACAAGUGAACAGAUUCGUCAAACUUCUAGUAUCGACUUUGGAUGAAGCGGCAUCUCAUGUCCACGAGACCCAUAUUAGAAUCCGACCUCCUGUAAAAUACCCUACACCAUACGGUGGCCGACUUGUAUGGACACUUCCUGGUAAAACAAAAAUGAUUGCUCAUUUGAAAGACAAAGCUAAAAUCAGGCACAGAAAAAGAUGGAGCCAGGUCAUGUACAUGUACUACCUUCUUGGACACAGGCUUAUGGAAUUACCGAUUUCUGUUGAAAGAAAAGAAAUGAUGGCUGAAAAUACUUACCUUCUAACACUUGAUGGUGAUAUCGACUUCCAACCGCAUGCUGUUAGACUUCUGGUGGAUUUGAUGAAAAAGAAUCGCAAUUUAGGAGCUGCAUGUGGACGAAUUCAUCCUAUUGGAUCAGGACCUAUGGUGUGGUACCAGAUGUUUGAGUACGCUAUUGGUCAUUGGCUCCAAAAAGCAACAGAACAUAUGAUCGGAUGUGUACUUUGUUCACCUGGAUGCUUCUCACUUUUCAGAGGAAAAGCCCUUAUGGAUGAUAACGUCAUGAGAAAAUAUACAAUUAAAUCUAAUGAAGCAAGGCACUAUGUGCAAUACGAUCAAGGAGAGGAUCGUUGGUUGUGUACUCUACUGCUUCAAAGAGGGUAUCGUGUGGAGUAUUCUGCAGCUAGUGAUGCUUAUACUCACUGCCCAGAAGGAUUCAACGAAUUUUACAACCAAAGGCGUCGUUGGGUUCCAUCAACAAUGGCCAACAUUAUGGAUCUGCUCAUGGAUUAUAAAGCAACGAUUAAAAUUAAUGACAAUAUCUCUCUUCCCUACAUUUGGUACCAAUUUAUGUUGAUGGGUGGAACUAUUCUUGGUCCAGGAACCAUAUUCCUUAUGUUGGUGGGAGCUUUUGUAGCUGCUUUUAAAAUUGACAAUUGGACAAGUUUUUAUUAUAACAUUAUACCGAUUAUGUUCUUCAUGCUUGUUUGUUUCACAUGCAAAGCUAAUAUUCAAUUGUUUUUCGCUCAAAUGCUUUCAACAGCAUAUGCACUUAUUAUGAUGGCAGUAAUAGUUGGUACAGCUCUUCAGUUGGGUGAGGACGGUGCCGGAUCUCCUUCUGCUAUAUUCUUGAUGGCUAUGACGGGAUCGAUGUUUAUAGCAGCGUGCUUACAUCCACAAGAGUUUUGGUGUAUAGUACCUGGAGCGAUUUAUCUAUUGUCGAUCCCGUGUAUGUACUUGCUUCUUAUUUUAUACUCAAUCAUUAACCUGAACGUUGUAUCCUGGGGUACAAGAGAAGUUCAAACAAAAAAAACUAAGAAAGAAUUGGAGGAAGAGAGGAAAGAGGCCGAAGAAGCCAAAAAGAAAGUCAGGCAAAAGUCUUUACUCGGUUUUCUCCAAAACGGUGGCCCAACUCCAGGUGACAACGAAGAAGGCUCUAUUGAAUUUUCACUUGCUGGCCUCUUCCGUUGCAUGUUCUGCACUUACCCAAAACCAAUCGAUGAGAAGCAACAGCUUGUCAGAAUUGCCGAAUCCCUUGAAGGACUUCAGAAAAGAUUAGACGGAUUGGAAAAAGCUGUUGAUCCACAUGGUCACCACACAGGUCAUCACCAUCGCAAGCGGACCAUGUCGGCUAGCAGCAAAGAUCACAACCGUACAACACAUGCAUCUGAAGACCCGGCCGAAGAAGAUCAACACAGCGACAGCAGUGAGACAGCCUCAACUGGAGAACCGAAAAUCGAAAGGAAUGAUGACAUUAAUCCAUUCUGGAUCGAAGAUCGAGAUCUCAAGAAGGGCCCUGUUGCAUUCUUAUCGGCUAACGAAGUUUCAUUCUGGAAAGAUCUUCUUGACAAAUACUUAUUCCCCAUUGACGACGACAAAAAUGAAAGGGCACGAAUUGCAGCAGAUCUGAAGGAAUUGCGGAACAAAUCUGUAUUCGCAUUCUUCAUGAUGAACUCUUUGUUCGUUCUUAUUGUGUUCUUGCUUCAGCUGAACAAGGACAGCAUACACGUCGAGUGGCCUUUCGGGGUCAAGACGAACAUAACAUAUAUUGAAGAGACGGCCGAGGUACUCAUUUCUAAAGAGUAUCUCCAACUUGAGCCAAUUGGUCUUGUCUUUGUGUUCUUUUUUGCAUUGAUUAUUAUCAUUCAGUUUAUCGCUAUGUUGUUCCAUCGUUUUGGAACUAUUUCCCACAUUUUGGCAUCGACAGAACUUAACUUGUGUUGUAAUAAGAAGGUUGAAGAAAUGUCUCAGGAAACGCUACUGGAUAAACAAGCUGUUGACAUUGUCAGACAUCUUCAAAGACUGAAAGGUAUCAACGGCGAUUAUGACAAUGAUUCCGGAUCCAGUGGUGAUAGAGUUGGACGAAGGAGGACUAUUUAUAAUCUCGAGAAACAGAAACAGAAGACUAGAACAAUCGGAACACUCGACGUAGCCUUCAGGAAGAGAUUCUUGCAGAUGAAAAUGGAAGAUGGUGAAGAUGCCGAACAUGGAACUCCAGUUCUUGGGCGCAAGCUCACAAUGAGAAGAGAAGUCAGGGAAGCUCUCGAGGUGAGAAGAAGAUCUCUUCAAGCAGAGAGAAGGAAAUCUCAAAUGCAAACAUUAGGCGCUCACAACAACAUCAUACGAGGACAAAGAAUAUCAAAUGCUGGUGUUAGUGUGAAAGACUUGUUUGAAGGCCACAACCCAGCCUACGAACCUGGCGAAGAUGAAAACAAUUCCCUAAAGCUGACCAAUGUCGCCAGAAAUUGGGCUGAACUGGAAAAGAAUGGAAAUGCACGCUUAUAAAUGAAUUUCAAAAUUUCUUACUCUGUUGUAAAUAUUUCAUCGUUUUAUGUAUGUGUGUGAAUAUUUAUUCAAAACAUAUCCAUGUGUUUUAUUGCUCAACAUGCUGCAGGGGCUGCAUUUUUAUAUGUUUUUUAUUAAUUAUACAAUGCUGUUUGAUUGAGCAUUGUCUGUAUUGAAAAUUCAAAUUUAUGGGGUUUUGUAACAAUUGUGAUAAAUAUAAGGCCCAAAAUUUAUAACACCCUCCAGAUAUUAUUGUGAUCAAUAUUUUUGUUAUAAUUUAAUCACUUACAUUAAGAACAAAUAUUUUGUCAAAACAUUCAUUGUAAAAAAUAAAAUGCAAUGAAGUAUUAAAUAAUUUAAUGAUUUUUUGUUGCUUUUAUUGAUCCAAGUCUAUUACAAAAAUAGACUGAAGCCUGUUGGCUCGGGAGAAUCACUUUCAUAGUGGCAAAGGGUGAAGCAAUUUAAUGUAAGUUGUCUAAUUGAGCUACAAAGAUCGACAUUAUCUUUGUUUGAAGAGGACAUAAUCCAUUUAACUAUUCAAGUUCCCUACGAAAAUCGGAUUGAACGCACAUCGUUUCAACAGUGUCUAAUCAAUUUUGAAAACAAGCCCAGUUAGGAAUGCUGAAAAUAAUUUUUU